AUGUUCCGACAGGCCGUCACUGCUUCCUCCAGAGCCCUUCGCGCCGCUCCCCGCGCCGCCGCCCCUCGGCCCUUCAUCCAGUCGCAAUUCCAGUCGGCGCCCGCCUUUACCCUCAGAGCCGCCCAGCCCGCCGUGUCAAGAUGGUACAGCGAUGCGAAGGAGUCUGACUCUGCAAAGCCUGCCGAGGAGGCCAAGACGGAGAGCAAGAAGGACGAGAAGAGCACCAAUGGCGAGACCGACGCUGUUGCCGAGCUGAAGAAGGCCCUCGAGGCCAAAGAAACCGAGGCCCGAGACUGGAAGGACAAGUGCCUGCGCACUGUCGCCGACUUCCGCAACCUUCAAGAGCGCACCCAGCGUGAGGUCAAGACGGCCCGCGACUUUGCCAUCCAAAAGUUCGCCAAGGAUCUCGUCGACAGCGUCGACAACCUGGACCGCGCCCUGGGCAUGGUGCCCCAGGAGAAGCUCAACGUCGAUGAGAAGCCCGAGCACCUCCAGGACCUCGCCAACUUGUACGAGGGUCUCAAGAUGACCGAGGACAUCCUCAUGAGCACCCUCAAGAAGCACGGCCUCGAGCGCACCAACCCCGAGGGUGACAAGUUCAACCCCAACGAGCAGGAGGCCACCUUCAUGGCCCCCCAGCCCGACAAGGAGGACAACACCGUCUUCUUUGUCCAGCAGAAGGGCUUCAAGCUCAACGGCCGGGUGCUGCGCGCCGCCAAGGUCGGUGUCGUCAAGAACAACUAAACUACUCUAAUGCCCGGGAUCUGUUCCUUCCCGGGCCGCAAUUGCGUGUACUAUUAAAGGGUUAUCGGUCGGCGUUGGCUCACAGUGUAUAAUGAAUGCUCCUCUCAUGAUGACGGUUAAAAGAUGCUGGGACAAAAGAAAAGUUUACAAGAGCUGGGACCUUGUACAUAAACAAGAUGUGUAUAACACAGGCGGGCGGGGCUGGAGGGAAGCCGCCACUAUUUCUUGCAUGAAAUGACCUUGGGGGAUUUGGCUGUACCAACUUUGAUCUCGGACUCUCUAGGAUAUACCCACCCAAU